GUUGACAUGAUGAUGGUUAAGAAGAAGAGAAUGAAAAAGAGAAAAAAUUAUUAAACGCAAAUUAGAGUGAGCAAGAGUAGCAAGAGUGAGAGCAUGAUAAGCUCUGAAUGAGAAAAUGAAUUGAAUGCAUGAUUGAGAUGCCAGAUAAAGAUUAGUAAAUAGUAAAUCUUACCAAAAAAAGUUAGUCCUUUAACCUGUGCAGAAUCAAUAAAAUAUUCAAUCACAACACCUUGUCUACCAGUGUUUACAUCAUCUUGAUAAAUAAGUGCAGAGCUGGGAGUGAAUAACAUUUGAAUAAUAAACUCCCAGCUCAGAUACAAACCAAGUGACACCAAGUGUGUGUUCAAUAAUCAUCAUUAACCACCAAAACUGUGUAAUCACCAAAUAAUUUUCAACAAUAGAAUUUUUUGAUUUACCUUAAAAUUCCAAAAAAAAGAGCAACAUGAUUCUUUCAUCAUGGUUGUCACUUUUGUUUACCUUGUCAAGUUUGACUAUGGCAACAGCAUCUAAAUUGUUCCAAGGAUAUAAGAAAUCUUUACCAACUUAUUCUUCGCCUUCUUCAACCUCUUCAUCCUCAGUGUGUAAUGACGGUGAAUGGGGAAUUCGGUCAUUAAUUGUUCCCGAAUUGGUUGAAAAUGGAACCACAGAGAGCAUAGUUUUGGAUUGUAUUUAUUGUUUAAAUGAAGGUGAAGAUCAUCGGAUUGUUGUUAAAUGGUUUCUCAAUGAUGAUCCUCAACCAAUUUACCAAUGGAUACCUGAGAGGCAUUCUCGUCAUGCAUCUAAACGCCUCUCGGGUCGAAUCAAUUUAAACUAUUCCAUCGACUCUGCCAACCCUUUAACCCAAUACCGAGCAAUCAACAUAAUUAAGCCAACAACCGAUCUCUCUGGUGACUAUUCAUGUGUCGUCAUGUCACCCGAUAAUGGUGAUUCAAAGAAGGCAAAAAUGAUUGUUUACGCUCCACCAACCAAGAUUGAGUUUAACUAUACUCGAGAAGUAAAGGAAAUGCCUUCUGCUUUGAGGAAAACUCGUGGAGAUUCAAAAGAAGAUUCACCUUUAAAUCCAUCUUUCGAAGAGCUUUUAUCAUCAUCACCCUCUCAUUCCUCCUACACCCAAUCUUCAACGGGUCUUCUUCGUUGUGAUAUAAAAGGUGUUUAUCCAAUGCCUGAAGUGAGCAUCUACCGAAUAGGAGAUGAGAAUGGUACCAAUCCGUGGCCAGUGACAGUUGUUGAUACCCGAAUAGAAGAGGAUAAACAUCGUCAUGCAUAUAAUGUUCGUAAAGUUAGUUUAAUCAAUGAUGCUACUUUAAUUAAAAAAUUUGGCCUUCAACCGUCCAUAUUCGAGUGUUUGGUAACACUUCAAUUACCCAACAAAAAAGUCGUCAAACGACAAAAAAUAAUGUAUACUCCAGUUGUAAAUACGUUUCAAGCUAAAGGUGGUCAACAUCGACUUGGAACAACUUUUCUGAUAACAUUGUUAACUGUCUUUUCGGGCAAAUUGGUACUGACGUUACUUGGAUGGCAAUAAAAUUGAAUCGAGUUUACGUUUCAAUGUUGAGAUUGGGAAACAAAUGGAGAAUAAAGAAAAAUUUUUUUUUCCUUUUUGUACAAAAAAAGUCAAAAUACUGUAAUGUAAAGAUAUUUACUUAAUGCUGGUUCAUUUUGUUCUGCUGCUGCUUUCAGUGUAAAGUCAAAAUGUAAAUUGGAUGAUGAACCAGAUGAGAGAGAAAAUUUUGUUGAAAGUUGAUCUUUUUUCACUCAACAAUCUUUCCUUCUCUGAACCAACACUGGAACAUUUGAUGUAACAAAUGGUGACAUCUGUUGUCGAUUAUAUGCGAUGGAAUAUUCUGCUAUUCAUUUUGCUCAAGCAAAGAAUCACGUGUCUCAUGGAUAUCAACUUUUAUGUGUUGUUCGAGAUCAAUUUGGUUCUUGUAACUUUUUCUGUUUUGGAAUUUUGAUCAAAUCGAGUUCAAUCUAAUUUGAAAAUUUGGUCGUUUUGUUGACUCAGUUUAUACACUGCCUUAGAUUCUGCUUGUACCACUCGUUCGUCAAUCAUAACUGUGACAUGAAUAAGUUGCCGUGAAACACGAGAUUCUUCUCAGAUAGUAAAUUCAUCGCAUAGAGAGCCAUGUCGUUGCACUUCAUCGUCCAGGAAAAGUGAGCUGGAAAAGAAAAAAUUGUAGCCUUUAUACUUUGAACUUUUAAAAUGUAAAAAAGUUGGCAUCAAAUGAAACUUUUUUAUUCAGAAAAUAACAUUGAAUAAAAUAUUGCUAAAUUGUUAUUUUAUAAAACUCUUUAUUCGUUUUUAUCAAGGAAUAUAAGUCGCAUAGACUUUGAUUUCGAGUCUACCCAAUACAAGAUAUUACGAGUAAUGAUCCCAAAGGGGUUCAUAAAAUAAAAGAAAUAAGCCUUUCGGAUUUGCAAAUUGCCGAUGCGGGGAAGAGUCUUUUAGCUGUUACAUAACCAUAAGCUGGUCGGUAU